UUGCCUAAUCAUUAUGAUCUAGACUGUCCUACAGCCCCAGUUCCAUGCACAUUCAGUACUUUUGGUUGCCAUGAAAAGAUGCAGAGGAAUCACUUGGCACGCCACCUGCAAGAGGAUACCCAGUCGCACAUGAGAAUGAUGGCCCAGGCUGUUCAGACCUUAAGCCUUGCGAUAGCUCCUGCACCUCAGCGUGGCAUGCUGCCAUGUGAUUCUGCCUCUCUGCCCCGGGUUUCCUCUGGGUGUCACUCAGAGGUCCAGAAUUUCCAAGAAACCAUUCAACAGUUAGAGGGUCGCCUUGUAAGACAAGACCAUCAAAUCCGGGAGCUGACUGCAAAAAUGGAAACUCAGAGCACGUAUGUAAGUGACCUCAAACGAACUAUUCGAACCCUUGAGGACAAAGUUGCUGAAAUAGAAGCACAGCAGUGCAAUGGAAUUUACAUCUGGAAGAUUGGCAAUUUUGGGAUGCACUUGAAAUCUCAAGAAGAAGAGAAACCUGUUGUCAUUCACAGCCCCGGAUUCUACACAGGCAAACCCGGCUACAAACUAUGCAUGCGCCUGCACCUGCAGCUACCAACUGCACAGCGCUGUGCCAACUACAUAUCGCUCUUUGUCCACACGAUGCAAGGAGAGUAUGACAGCCACCUCCCUUGGCCCUUCCAGGGUACGAUACGCCUUACCAUCCUUGAUCAGUCUGAAGCACCUGUAAGGCAAAACCAUGAAGAGAUAAUGGAUGCCAAACCAGAGCUGCUUGCCUUCCAGAGACCCACAAUCCCACGGAACCCCAAAGGGUUUGGCUAUGUGACCUUUAUGCAUCUGGAAGCCCUAAGACAAAGAACCUUCAUCAAGGACGACACGUUAUUAGUACGCUGUGAGGUCUCCACCCGCUUUGACAUGGGCAGUCUUCGGAGGGAGGGUUUUCAACCACGAAGUACUGACUUGGGGAUAUAG